AUGGGUAGAGGGAGUCUUGUGAGCUAUCUUAUUGUUUUAGUGGCAGUCUUGAUAGAAUCCUCUUGUGUUGUUAAUUCAUCCACAAUAAUCAAAGGCAAGAUUGGUAUCAAUAUUGGUAGCAUCAUCAAGAAAUGGAAAAUAGCCAAGAAAAACGGUUACAACAUAUAUGAAGGAAGUUGGGUCUAUGAUGAUUCUUAUCCUUUGUAUGAUUCAUCAGCUUGUCCGUUCAUUCGCAAGGAAUUCAACUGCUUGAAGUAUGGCCGCCUUGAUCAUGAAUACCUCAAGUACCGAUGGCAACCCAAGCAAUGCGAUCUUCCUAGAUUUGAUGGAAUUGAUUUCUUGACGAGGUUUAACGGAAAGAAGAUUAUGUUUGUGGGGGAUUCUUUAAGCCUCAAUCAUUAUGAAUCACUUUUAUGCCUAUUGCAUGCAGCUGUACCAAAGUCACUCAUUCUACAGCAAACAAACGAGAAUUCUACGUCCGUUUUUUUUAAGGAUUAUGGAGUUACUAUCACAUUAUUUCACUCAAACUACCUGGUAGACAUUGAGAUGGAACAGGUUGGCCGCGUGUUGAAACUGGACUCCAUUAAAAACGGAGACUUAUGGAAACAAAUGGACAUUUUGGUCUUCAACAGUUGGCUUUGGUGGUAUCGUAGUGGAGCCAAACAACCGUGGGAUUACAUACAAGUGAGUGGGAAGAUUUUGAAGGACAUGAAUCGGAUGGAUGCAUUUCGAUACGGCUUGACAACUUGGGCAAAAUGGGUGGAUUCAGAGGUUAAUCCCCUCAAAACCAAAGUUUUCUUUCAAGGAAUAACUCCCUCUCACUACAAUGGGGCAGAAUGGAAUAAGCCAGGAGUUACAAACUGCUCAUUAGAGAAAACACCAUGGAGUGGGUCAACAUAUCCAGGAGGAAUGCCAUUAGCAUCAAAGGUAGUGAAUGAAGUCCUGAGUAGAAUCUCAAAACUAGGAAUAGAAAAUUUGCUGAAUAUCACGACAUUGUCGCAACUGAGAAAGGACGGACAUCCAGGCUCCCAUAACGGCCUUGGAGGAAUGGAAUGCACACAUUGGUGUGUUGCUGGUGUACUUGAUACUUGGAACCAACUCCUUUAUGCCACUCUAAUUUAA